CUCUUAAAAAAAACGGAAGCAUCUUCUUUUAAGUGGUUUAAUCGAGAUUUAGUUAGUACACACGACAUGCACGAUAAUUGGUUUCUCUCCCUUAAUUUCAGUUAAGUUAACAAUGAAAGCGUUACUUGCAAUCAUUGUUCUAGAUUCUGUUGCUGUGUUAUUUAUUAUUUCAGAACUUGUCUUCGAUCUUAAGCCUGACGUCUUAAUUCCUGGUCUAACACCACAACUAGUGGUCAACUGUUCAUUAACAAACAAUGAACAUGCAGAACUUGACUACUUUUCACUAUCACUAUACCGUUAUAAUGAUACAAAAAAAGAAUAUGAUCUUCUUCUUUUAAUGGACACAAAGACACUAAAUGUUACACAUAUUGUGAAGCAUAAAGAUGUACACAUCUCUUCAGGAAAUAUGUUUUCAACUUUGAUCAAAGAGAAUCCUACCGAGUCUGACGCACAAGUGUAUAAGUGUGUUGUGGUCGGAGAAGGAUUUAUUAUUUUAGAGAAAAAGCUCGUUAAAAACAAUCCAAUAAUAAAGCUUACUCCAAUAAAGCAAGAGUUUGAAGAACUUGUGAUGAAUGUCGAACCACAAGUGGUCAUUUUCGGAUUCACAUCACAACUUGUAGUCAAUUGCUCUAUAACAAUAAACACUGUCUUGGAACGUGUGUACAGCUCUAUAUCCCUAUACCGUUUUAAUGUCACACAAAAAGAAUUCGAUCUACUACUUACAAUGGAUACAAAGACAAUGAAUGUAAAACAAACCGUGGAACAUAAAGAUGUACACAUCUCUUCAGGUAAUUUGUUUGCCUCUUUGAUCAAAGAGAAUCCUACAGAUCUUGACGCACAAGUGUACAAGUGCAUUGUGGGUGGCGAAGGAUUUAUUAUUUUAGAGAAGAAGGUUGCGAAACACCACCCAGCAAUAAUACUAAAUAAAACACAACACAGGAAUAAAGGUACGAAAGAAAUAUUAGUUAUAAACUUUUAUGAGAUAAACUAGUAAUAUACAAAAAUAAAUCAAGUCUAGAUUAUGCUCAUAUAAUAUAGUUAACUAACACU